AUGCCGCAUCAGCCGCGGCGAAUGCGACAGGCGGUGCGAAUUUGGCGGGCGUGGCGGGUGCAGACGAAGCUCAAGGCGAAAUUAAAGGAUAUUCGCGGCGACGGGUUGAGCGUGCUGCACAAGACGGAGGAGGAUUUGCGAGAGGCGAUGUCGGCGCACGGAUUGGCGACGAUGCCGCCGAGCGGGGGAGCGAUGCAUUUAGAUCCGACGUUGGAGGCUUUGAAGGCGUGCUCGGCGUGUCGUGGGAUGUCGGAGAGCGCUUUGGCGACGCUUCGCUCGCGGGCGAAAACCGUCGUCGUGCGCCCGAAAGAGCGCGUGGGCGAAUCGGUGGCGCGCGACGAGUUGACCGUGUUGGUCGACGGCGAGGUUGAUUUGCGAGGACAGAUAGAGAUUGAUGUGAGUGUGCGAGGAGACGUCGAGCAGAAAGCGAUGACGACUUUGUGUUCGCGGCCGGGAACGUGCUUGAAUUCUUUCAUGGAUAUAUUAGAACACAUUCCGGCGCCGGCUGAGGCGAACGAAGGAGAAGACGCGGCGCGUGCGCUUUCGUCACCAUCGGUUGACGGUUUGGGCGAAGAAUCGACGCCAGCGAUGUCACUGAAAUCUCAUGACGAGAGUGGAGAGCGCGUGCGCGUGCGUCUGACGUUUGGUUCGGAUCACGAGCUUCACCGGCGCGAUCGCGUGCGCGUCUCUGCGCGCGCCGCCAAUCGAGGUUGCGUCUUAGCGGUGUUUCGCAUGUCGGAUUAUCACGAGUGCGCUGGCACUGUGAUUGGCACCCAAGGGGUGGCGCUGAGACUCGCGAGUGGGUUCGCGGCGGUGUGCAAGUAUGUGGGCAUGAUGGGGGACAUGAGAUCGCUCUGGGUGCACGAUAGAGGCGCCGACGAGCCGCAACCGAGCGACAGCGACGAAGAGGCACUUGUAUGCACACACGCGUUAUCUCGGAUGCUGGACGCCAAAGUAGUGAGCUUGAUUGAUACGAGUGGCGUUAUUGCUACGUUGGAGCGACAUGGGUACAGAAAACGUAGCUCCGGAGCGGCGUCGAAGAGCGGCGGAUUCUUCGCUAGGCGCAAGGAAAAGAAGAACGCUGAGCCAGAACCAGAGCCGACGUCGGAAGUCUCGGUCGAGACGAAAGUGUUUCCUCCUGGUGCGAUCGUGUUACAACAAGGUGCUUCAGCCGCUGCACUCAUCGUCGAACGAGGCUCGCUAGAAGCGCUCGUCGAAGCAGUACCAUCCUCGAGACGAGAAAAGCCACCGCUACCGAAUUCCUCGCCGCGAAUUCGUCAGGCAUCAGAGACGCCAAUUUUCACCGCCAACGUCGGCGACAUCGUUGGUUCACAUUUGCUGUUGACUGGUCAGCGCAGCGGUCUGACGAUUCGUGCUGGUUCGAGCGGUGCCGUUGUGGUUUUGCUUCCGUUGAGUACCCUGGCUCGCUUGGGCCGCACGCGCGCUGCCAUAACACAUAAGAUGGUCGUGUCACUCGCACGAAGAGUGCGCGACGCACCGAGCUCACUGAUUUGGGAUCGAUGUGGCGCUGAAAUGGAAACGCUCGAGGCGGGUGAAGCUUUAAAUGCGCGUGCAGGCGGCGUGCACAUCGUCGUCACGGGUUGCCUGCGGGAACAGAUGGAAGAACCCCACGGGCUAUCGCGCGCGAAUUCUUCGCAAAAUUUGUUCAAGCGACGAAAGUCGCAAAGUGGUAAGUCUACCGCUGCGUACGUUCCAAGUGGUCCUGGCUACGUCGUGAGCCCUGGCGAGGCGACUGGAGAAGAUUCGGUUCUCAUGGAAACCACCGCAUCGCGACCCAUGGCGGCGACGCCGAGAUCGAGACGGCAGAGCUUGAUGGCACCCGCGGCUAGGUUCACAGCGCGUGCUGUGCGAGACUCGCAAGUGUUAUGGAUAUCAUCCGCCGGAUUGGACACGCUCGCGUUCGCCGCGCCCACGGCAUUCGUACGCCUGGCGCGCGGUUUGGGUUUGCGUCAGGCCAAUCGUACGGCGGCGUUGUCCGGAACCGCGCACACGGCGCCUCUGAUUCCUGGUUUAGUGCUUUCCCAGAAGGCGUCCAACGCGCCGAAGACAGUCUCAGUCAUUCCCGUCACCGAAGGUGCCGCCGUUCAUUUGGACGAAUUUUGCUACUCCUUAGCCUUCGCGCUGAGUAAGAUUUGUCGCGCGAGAACAGUGGACUCCGCGUGCCGGCUUGGGGAACUCGGACAAGCCGCUAUCGGACCGCUCGCACAAGAAGCGACGGCGAAUUGGCUUUCUCAACUUGAAUCAGCGUAUGACGUCGUGAUCUUGAAAGGGGAUCCUUUCCCGUCGCCUUGGUGCGCACAAUGCGCUCGACACAGCGAUACCAUUUUGCUCGUCGCCAACGCAAACGAUCAAGCGCCGACGCACGAGGAAGGGCAAACUCUACAAGAUCGCCUUCUUCACGGUCUCGGUGAGACAAAAUUUCAACGCGUCUUGCUUGCUCAACGAGAACUUGUGCUUUUGCACCAAGACGCCGAUGUGACGCCCAAGGAUACGAAAUCUUGGCUCACGGCGUUCAGCGUCCAACGUCAUCAUCACGUCGCCAUGCAGGCGUCUUCUGGUCUCGUGCCGUCGCAUGCCGCGCGUCUCGCCCGCUCACUUCGCGAGUUAUCCGUUGGUUUAGUCAUGGGUGGUGGAGGUGCACGUGGGUUGGCUCACGUGGGUGUUCUCGCGGCGAUGGAAGAAGAGGGCGUUCCGAUCGACGCCGUCGGCGGUACGUCCAUCGGCGCCAUGGUCGGCGGCAUGUACGCUCGCGACCCUAGCGCCCUUCUCGUUCGCAUCAUGGUGACGAAGUUUGCCAAGGAAAUGUCUAGCGCGUGGGGACGCGUGAUCGAUCUCACCCUUCCCGUCGUCAGUUACUUCACCGGCUGGGGCAUGAACCGUGCGCUCGGCAUAAAUCUCGGCGAAACGAAAAUCGAAGACUGCUGGCUGCCGUUCUUUUGCUGCACGCUCGAUUUAAUCUCGUGCAUGCCAAUCGUGCACCGAAACGGUACGCUUUGGCGCUACGUGCGCGCGAGCAUGGCACUUGUCGGUUUUUUACCUCCCGUGUGUGACACCGAGCAAGGACAACAGAAGAACAUGCACGUGCUCGUGGACGGCGGAUACGUCAAUAAUCUACCCACGGAUGUCAUGCGCGCGUUGGGCGCGCACUACGUCAUCGCCGUCGACGUCGCGGGCGAAGGCUUGGAUGGGCAAUCGCUUACGCCUUGGGGCGAUGGUAUCAGCGGCACGUGGUUGCUUUUGCGACGACUCCUUCCGCGAUGGCUCGGUGGUGGACAUUCCAUCCCGACCAUGGCGGACAUGCAAGGGCAGCUUCCGUUUGUCACCGACACCGUCAAGCACCAAACGCGCUUGGAAGACAUCGACGUGUACAUUCGUCCGAAUGUCUCGAGCAUCGGGAUUUUGGAAUUCAACAAGUACAGCGCCAUCAUUCGUCACGGUUACGACAUCGGUAUCAAGAUGGCGCGCGAGUGGAAGUCUGAAAAUCCCGACGUCGCGUUACUACUCGAGCAAGGGAGAAACAUUCGUCGCGGCUUGACGACGAUGCGGUCGGCUCGCUCGGGCAAUCCGAGCGCGACAAACUCACGAGAAUCCAUCGCUAGCGACUCGGGCAGUGACGCAACCUCGGCGUACGGCAGCGCGGAGGAUUUGCACAACCACCGUCACACCCUCAAGCCACUCAGCGAAGGUUUGCUGAGCGAAUUCUCCGACGACGACGACGUCCAUGUCCGCUCCCUGCUGCGAACCAAUAGUUCAUUCGCGAGCUGGACACCCGCACCGAAACAAAAACGGCCACCAGACAUGUUUUAA